CCUUUGUUUAUCUUCUUUUUCGCAUGGGAUGUGGUCCCUGUAGCUUGCAGUGUGACCAUCGUGUGGUCUUUCUUGUCAUCCAUUGCUCACCGCUGUACAUUGCUGUACAGCUUCAUUCUCCAACGACUAAUUUUUUGCUGCACCUUUACCUUUUUCCCCUGCCAAUUCGCAUGCUCUCAGGAAUUGACCUGCAGAGUUCAUACAUAAGAAAAUGGCCAACAAUGCCGCAUACGCUGUACCGCAGGUGAAAACAACCUCCACCUCAUCAAAAACCACCUUUCACUUCGCGGCCGGUCUCUGCUCUGGUCUCUCCUCUGCCAUCCUUCUCCAACCGGCCGAUCUCCUCAAAACCCGAAUCCAACAGUCUCACAACGCCUCGCUCCUACCCACUCUCAAAACCAUCCUCUCCUCUCCUCAUCCCAUCCGCAAUCUAUGGCGUGGUACUCUUCCUUCGGCCCUCCGAACGGGCUUCGGAUCCGCCUUGUAUUUUACCAGUCUUAAUGCCCUACGUCAGAGCCUCGCGCAGUCUAGGAUGCCGCUCUUCCUCGCCGAUAAUAGUAUUGACAACACCGCCGGGUCACUUUCGGCUCUCCCGAAACUCUCCAACACAGCCAACCUUGCAACGGGAGCCGCAGCGCGGACGGCUGCUGGUUUCGUGAUGAUGCCCGUUACGGUGAUCAAGGUACGCUACGAAUCAGACUACUACGCAUAUCGAAGUCUUGCUGGAGCGGGGCGAGACAUUGUGCGGACAGAAGGUAUGCGAGGACUAUUCUCAGGCUUUGGUGCAACUGCUGCGCGGGAUGCACCAUAUGCAGGACUGUACGUCCUUUUGUACGAGCAAUUUAAGCGGUACUUGUCUUCUAUGAGCAAUCCCGGGAAAAACGAUGGGCAAUUGACGUCGUCCCCGUCCAUCAACUUUGUCUCGGGUGGAUUAGCGGCUGGUCUCGCUACGGCAAUCUCCAAUCCAUUUGACGCAGUCAAGACCCGACUCCAACUGAUGCCCGGCAAGUACGGGAACAUGCUUCGCGCCGUUAGAUUGAUGAUUCAGGAAGAUGGGAUGCGGAGUUUAUUGGGGGGUCUGGGACUCCGUAUGGGUCGGAAAGCGCUGAGUUCAGCGCUUGCGUGGACAGUGUACGAGGAGCUUAUCCUUCGCGCGGAGAAACACUGGGCAGCCAACAAACAGAUAAGUCUAUGAGACACAUGAACCGUUCUCUUCUUUCGCCUUAUCUUAUCACGGCACUUCCCGACAUUUUGCUCAUCGGCCACGAAUCCUCUCCUUACCUUGUAUUUGCUAUUCGAUUCGCAUUGGGAUAUCAGGAGUUUUAGGAGAACUGUAUAAAAAGCAGAGACGUUUGAUCAACAAAAAUGGACAAGAACUAA